CAGAGCUCGAUCCUUAGGGCUAGCGUGAUCCCAACCGUCUCCUACAUUUCUUAUGACAAACUCUACCGCAGCGACUCCAGAAAUCGGCGCACACUGCGCUCUAGCCUCCUGCAACCUCAACGACUUUCUUCCUAUCAAAUGCCGCUGCGAACAACUCUACUGUCGGGACCACAUCUCACCUGAAUCUCACUCUUGUCCUGCAAUCCAAACGGCUGGCACAGAUCUAAAUAAUUUAUCAGUGCCUUCAUCUACAGAGAAGCUCGAAAGAUGUGCUGCUUCUGGAUGCAACAAACCUAGCCUGGAAGCUUUCGUCUCGGAGUCCUCGAGAGCUGACGCUUCUGGACGCAAGGCAGCAGUAUGCCCGAGGUGUAAAGAGGCCUUUUGUGCAACUCAUCGUGAAGCCUCCGCUCACGCCUGUAAAGCAGAAGAUCCCGCGGCCAGUUCUACAUCUAAGAAUGCUGCGGCUCGAGCAUUACUUGAGAAACAUUUCCCCUCGAUAUCCUCCGGUUCCACGCUUCUCAACUCGAAAGCAAAUUCUCGCAUCACUUCUGCAUCAAAGACACCUCUCAAUCCGAAGAAAGCUGACCACAUGCGAAAAGUACAGGUAAUGAAAAUGCGUCACAAAGCUCAACCUGGCGAUCCACGAGACAAGGGAAAAUACGUUGCGAUGGAUGACAAGAUACAUCUCCACGUCUCUGUCAACAAUAGCGACAACGAGGGCUCGUUUUGGUUUCGCAAGACCAUCUCCACGGGAAAGGCUUUGGACCUUCUCGUUUCGCACUUCACCGCUAUCGAUUAUGAGAAACCCUCUUUGGUCAGAUAUACGGACGGAGAUCCCGGUAUAUUACGAAACGACAAGACUCUCGGCGAACAACUUACAGACGGUGAUAACAUUGGGCUCAUUCCCUAGUCAUGCGCUCAACGUAUUACACCUUUUUGGCUGUAUUGUUAUUUCUUUUGAUCUUCAAUACUGCUCGCCUACCCCCAGAACUAGUGCUCUCGCCAUUAAUGCCUCGGUCGCUUGAUGGCGUUUACACUCUUGUUCGUUUUGUUCAGGACAUACGCCAGUUAGCAAUUGGAUUGACGCUGCUAAACCGCGUUUUGUGGAGUGGACCGCAGUACACAUAUGACUGUGUUCUGAUCGUUGUCCGAGAUGCCAUAUUUCUGAAGCCCCUUUCUCCAUAGAAGGAUAACGUAUGGCAUCCAUUUCUACAAUGAUGCAAUUGUACCUUUUUCUAGAGUCAGUACAGGGUGCUGGCGUGUGCCAUCCGUGCUUCAAUAUAACGUAUAGGUAUCGUUUCACCAAAAAACCUUGCGCGAACCACGACGUUCAUGAAGACUUCAUCAACAAACACAAGUGCCUAGA